GGGCGGCAGGCGCGUCCCCGCGCGAGCAGAGGGUGCCCGGGACUGGGGCCGAGAAACAAAGUUCCCGGGCUGCCACCAGGACUGCAGUCUGGGCUGCCCGCGGGGCCGCAGAAGCCAUGGCUUCCAAACUCCUGCGCGCGGUUAUACUCGGGCCGCCCGGCUCGGGUAAGGGCACCGUGUGCCAGAGGAUCGCCCAGAACUUUGGCCUGCAGCAUCUCUCCAGCGGUCACUUCUUACGGGAGAACCUCAAGGCCAACACGGAAGUUGGCGACGUGGCAAAGCAGUAUCUAGAGAAAGGUCUUUUGGUUCCAGAUCAUGUGAUCACACGCCUAAUGAUGUCAGAGCUGGAGAACAGAAGUGGCCAACACUGGCUGCUAGAUGGUUUUCCCAGGACAUUAGUACAGGCUGAAGCUCUGGACAGAAUCUGUGACCUGGAUCUAGUGAUCAGUUUGAACAUUCCAUUUGAAACACUUAAAGAUCGACUUAGCCGACGUUGGAUUCAUCCUCCUAGUGGACGAGUUUAUAACCUGGAUUUCAACCCACCUCAUGUACAUGGGAUCGAUGACAUCACUGGGGAACCAUUAGUACAACAGGAGGAUGAUAAACCUGAAGCAGUUGCUGCCAGGCUGAGACGGUACAAAGAUGCAGCAAAGCCAGUGAUUGAACUCUACAAGAGCCGAGGAGUUCUCCACCAAUUUUCUGGGACGGAGACGAACAAGAUCUGGCCUUACGUUUACUCACUUUUCUCGAACAAGAUCGCACCUAUUCAGUCCAAACAAGCCUACUGAACCUUCCCAGUGAAGAACCAGAAAGAUGUGAUCAUUCAUACAAUCCAUGUGUGUAAUAUUGGUGCCGUGUCCACAUUAGAAGCUAGCUGAGAGAUCUUGUAGCACUUUUCUAAUUCAAAUGGUGAGGUUGAUAAGAAAACUAUCGAGUAUGAGGAGUUUGAAGAGGCCCCUACCUUCCAAAAGAAAGUGACUUUGAACAUGUUGUCAAGCCCUUCACAAGAAAGCAAGUACAGGCUGGAUUUCAAAUGUCUAUCCUGUGGAGACUGAGGCCUUUCUGCAUGUGAGGGUAGUGGCCUCUGGUUCUCCCCUCUCUCCAAAGGCUGUUGAACCACAUCACCAGCAAACCUGAGAACACCCAGGGCUCCAGCCCCAGCUUGUCCCAGUUCUCUGCUGUGUACCCCUGCAGUAAUGAUUGAAUUGAAGCUAAUGACACCCAGUGGCUACUUCUGCUUUGACUGAUUGUGCCCUCAUGUCCCCCCCCAUUUCUGGUAGAGUGACACCUUCUCUGCCUCCUUGCUUUAUGUUCCCGCUCUAUCUUUUAGCUUUCUGGGUUAUUAGUAAGAUAAUUAUUGUAUUACCUACUCUUCCCCCCUGAAAAUUCCUCUUUUUUAUAAAUGGAGAUCAAGGGGAUUGUGUUGAAUUUCUUCAUGCACCAGAAACUGAGCCACCCGGAGGGUCUUACUUUAAAUAGCUAGUCAAACUCAUGGGCUCACUCUAGUAUAUGAAAGAUUCCCCAAAGUCUUUGGGAAUCCUCAGGAAAUACAGGAAAUCCUCACUGAUGGAAAUGUUGAAUAGCAAUCAUAUGUUAUGUAUAGGAAUAGUAAUAUGACUACAUGGAAUUACUGGACUUAUAGAAUCAUUAAGCUUUUUUUAAAUCAAGACAAAAUGAAUUUUGAACAUGCUGCUAGACACAAAUGCCAAUGGUUUUUCUUCUUUAAGUGACUCAGAUAGAUGAUGGUGAGGAGAAUGGAGCCUGUGGGGUAUA